AUGGGAUGCGGAAGCUCCACGCAGACGACGGUCCGACCGCUGACGGCCGGAGAGCUGAACGGAGACCAGGAUGAGACUGGAAGUAAACUCGGUGGCCGUGGAGACUCUGCGGUGUCGAAGGGCACCACAGACAGCGGUGUGGUGAUGGAGAACAGAGAGAUCCCCGUGUUACCUGGAGCUGUGUCCACCAAACUCCUUCCUCUAACAUCUGAGACUGUGAGAGAAAGUGAGGCGAACAGAAUCACACAAGACUGCUUGCUACGGCGAGACAGCACAGUGCAGGAGCGUCCGAAGUCCAGCGAGAUCCUGGAGGAGCUGCUGAAUCAGGGCAUCAUCUCGGUGGGACAGAGCAGAGAGAAGGGCAGCGGGGCUCCAGAGGCCUACAGCAUCAUGCUGGAUGACAGGGAGGGGGUCAGACGAAGGCCUCCUGCCAGACUGGAGUCUCUGAAGGCCAAAAAGACUCAAAGUCUCCGCAGCAGAGAAGAGAUUGAUGAGAAGAUGAGGCUCGCUGAGGAGAGACGCAAGGUACAGGAAGACGAACUCAAGACGCGUUUAAGGACCAAGUCAGCGCGUGUUCGCGGGCCCGCUCUCGUCUCCAGCGUGGAGGAGGAUGAAGACGCGUCCCUCACCCCCGUGGAGCCGCUAAGGUCACUUCUCAUCCCAGAUGCAACUCCAGCUCCGUUGCUUCACAGUCAGAUCGCUGGAGAAGCUGCGGAGGGAAGGCAGUGGGUGAGACAGGCAGGAAUGGAUGGCAGGGGAGACGAGGGCGGAGGAGAGAGCAGAGAUAACAGAGGUGCUGAGGGGGGAAGUGAGGACGGUGAAAGGGAAGAAGAGGAGCUGACCCAGGUAGAGGAGCUCAAGGCGGGUCAGCUUCUGUCCGCCUCAGGGGAGCUGGAGAGUGAUUCUAGCUUUCACCGUGCAGAGGACAAUGAAGAAAUGUUUUAAAUGAUUACAUAAAUGAGCCAUUAAUCAGCACUACGCAGGCAGUAAAGAAAUCAUUCCUUUUGCACAGCCUAGAAGCCUGUUAGAACCUGUAAAAAAAAUGUAUCAGAGAUGUAAAAAUGUAAAUUUGUAAUGAGAAAUGGCUGAAGCUAACGUUACGGUGAGUCAUUUGUUUUCUGGAGAACAUUAGCCUAUAAAUUAUUAUAAUAAGCUCAGUAAUAAGCACAAAGGGACACGAGGGUUUACCUUGAAAUGUAAUGUGAUUUACCUCAGUGACUGCUUUAAAAAUAUAUGAUUUUAUGUUCUUGCCAACAGACCAAAUAGAUUUUAAUGAGAUUUUUUUUUUUGUUUUACGCUGCACUGUGAAAAAUGCUAUUGUCCUGUUUAUGCAUGUGAAGCAGUUGUUCUGUUGGACAUAAGAUGGCACUGUUUCAGUAGUUGUCCUGCAGAAGUCAGUCAGUGCGCCUCAGCUAUAAGACAAGCUACAUGGAGGUGAUUUCGGUGACAUGUGAGGAAGUGCCUUGUGUGAAUAGAUGUGUUUCAGGCUUCUCAAUGAUCAAUAAAACUCCCAUUUUUCUCUAA